AAUAAAAGGAUAAACUACAUAGUUAGAUGGGCAAAAAGGCUAAAUCUUUUAGUCAAAAAAGUUGAAAGUUACAUUUCAUAAACACCAAAAACUCACACUUCAACGUAAACCUAUUAAUACCUAUAUAUAUUCAUAUUCAAAUCAAACGAUUAUUUCAACAUCUAUUCAUCCAAGAUCUUAAAUGACUUCAAACCAAGAAGGCUUCCAUUUUAACACAAAUGGUGUUCCCAUCAUGUCUUUUUCCAAUCAAGAAGCUCCAAUCUCCUACGACGAUCUAAUCUUAAGAUCAAUCGGGCCUAACAAGCCGGUGUUCGACCCCAUGGUUCCCUAUUUCUUUGCAACGGGCCUCGAAUGCAACCACAACACUCCUUCCUCUUCCGAUGUCGGUUUUCUUGCUCAAGUAGCACAAAAUAAUGAUGGGAAGAAGAGAAAGAGAGUGAAUGAGAAGUGUAAAGAAGUUGUUCACGUUAGAGCAAAGAGAGGUCAAGCAACUGAUAACCAUAGUUUGGCUGAAAGGUCAAGAAGAGAGAAAAUUAAUGAGAAAUUCAGAUGCUUGCAAGAUCUGGUCCCAGGGUGCUACAAGAUGAUGGGAAUGGCUGUGAUGUUGGAUGAGAUAAUUAACUAUAUAAAUUCGUUGCACAAUCAGAUUGAUUUUCUCUCCAUGAAGCUUUCCGAAGCAAGUUUAUUGUAUGACUUCAACUCAUCAUCUCAAGCACAACAAGUGAACUCUCUCUCUCUCUCUCUCUCUCACACACACACACACACAAUCUCUAAAAAGGCUUCUAUCCAUACUAAAUUAUUGAUUAAAUGCAUAGAAGUCAUAAGUUUCCUUAUUUAUUUCAUACAUUGAAAAGCUGACAAAAAUAAAAUCUUUGCUAAAAAAAGUGAAAUGAAUGAAUAUACUAUUUUUUUUAAUUAUAGGGAAGCACUUUUGGAGAAGCAAUGGAUAAACUCAGAAACAUAUGAGAAAUGGAUAUGGAGGCAUUUCAGAGCUCAAGAAUCUAGAAAAUGACCCCUUUAAAUUUAAAUUUUUGGUUAUCAUUGAUUCUAACAUGAUUGACUCUAUAGUAGUAGUAUAUGUUUUCUAGCUUCAUAAUCAGUCUAUUUAAUUUUUGGUUGAUCGUAUAAGCUUUGUUACGCUCUUUUCAAUUGUCAAGAAUUAACAGUAUUGUUACAUUGACUUAUAUAGUG